AUGCAGGCGGAUGGCUUCUCCAUCCGAUGGCACCACCAUUCACGCCGCGGGGCAGGGACAACUUACUACGCCUUCUGCGCGCCAUACAGCUAUUUGGAUUGCCUGGGGCUCCUCGAGGAGUUGGAGGACAGCUUCAGCGACACGGACUCGUGGUCUGACCCCUGCCGGCCGCUGCGAAAUCUGUCCCGAUCACUGUCUGAGAGCUAUUUGCCUCGGGCCGGGCAUGGGAUCUACUUGCGGAGGCAGCUACUCCACCGGUCGCUGCAGGGUCGCCGAGUCGAUCUCCUUACCAUCACGAACCUCCCGCCGCACGGCUACAUAGAGGACUUGGACGUGCCUCCUCAGGACCUUCUCUAUCCACAGAGUGACCUGCCGUUGAAGUUUCCGGACCGGCCUAUUGUCUUCAUCUCUGCGCGGGUCCACCCAGGUGAGACGCCGGGGCAGUUCGUGUUCCUGGGUGCUUUGCGUUUCAUUUUGUCGGAUGACCCGCGGGCGGUGAAGCUGCGAGACCGAUUCGUUUUCAAGAUGGUGCCUAUCCUUAAUCCGGAUGGGGUCGCCUGCGGCCACUACAGGACCAAUAGCUUGGGACUCAACCUGAACCGUCACUAUGACAAGCCCAACCCAAAGGAGCACGAAGGGGUGUGGGCCACGAAGCGCAUUCUGAGCCAUUGGGCCCGGCAAGGUCGCCUUCUUGUCUAUUUGGAUUUACAUGGCCAUGCUUCCAAGAGAGGUUGCUUUCUGCUUGCCAACCGCCUGGUUGGUCCUGGGCAAGGCUGGAAUGCGGGCUUCGCUCGUCUUUGCCAGAUCAAUUCGCCCUACUUCGAUUUGGAGUUGUGCGAGUUUGGGGAGGCAGAUGAUGCAGAGAAAGAGGGUAAGGAUGGGAUGUCUAAAGAAGGCUCGGGGCGAGUGGCCGUCUACCGAGACUGCAAGCUUUGCAACGCCUACACCCUGGAGUGCAAUUACAACACAGGUCGCUAUUCGCGGCCCAUGGUGCCUCCGAGGGGCUCAAAGCUGUUAGAGGAGUCGCCUGGCUGCUUCGUGACGACAGAGGAUCCUAUUCCCUUCACGCAGAGCUCAUGGGGGCAGGUCGGCGAGGCGGCGUGCAUCAGCAUCUUGGAUUUGUAUGGCCAUAACUGCCACAGCCGGCUUCCUAACACCCGGCAAGCCAGUUUGCGGGGUUUGCUUGGCCAGACGAUCCGCCCACGCACCGGAAGAACCACCAGGGUCAAGGAUGUCCUUCCCAACGGCGUUGGCUUAAGCAUUGACGACAUUGCUGCGAGAGAGCGGUCUUGUCGAGGUGCCUGCGGUUGGCACGAAGGCAGGGAGAAGGACAAGGACGUCCCACCCACUAUUCCAAAGGCCAGCCGACUGUCUUCGAAGGAGCCAAUCCGGCCAACCUCAAAGGCAGGCAGGAAGCCCAGUAAGCAGGCAGAGGGUGAGAGCGACGUAGUGCAGUCUUCGAAGUCAAUGCGCGAGGCACGUGAGGUCCGUGAGGUGCGGGAGCUGCUGCGGCAGGAGGACUUACCAAGUAGGAUGAGGUCCUUGAGACCUGACCCAGUCCCUUCGCCAAGCCCGGAACAGAAGGAGCAAAAGCCGAGUCCUGUGGAAUCGAAGGCGCAGAGGUCUCGUUCCCUUGAUCUUCGGCGUGGCCAGUCCAGGGUGGAGCGUCUUCCCUUGGCACUGUUGCGUGCUGAGACAUCUGACUCGAAGAGCCGGGAUGGGAAGUCUGGGAAGGAGGCCGCGGCAAAGGCCUUGCCACGUAACUCCAUGCAGCUUGUGCGGCCUCAGCGCAGGCGAACGCACUCGCUGGAGGCCAGUCAAGGGAUCCCCAAAACAGACUUGGGUGCCAAAGUGCGCCCACAGCUCCUUCUUGAGAUUUCCACUCGCACAGGAGCUGCUGUGACCGUAGGAGCUUGUUAA